AAGACCUCUGAAACGAAUCAAGGAAAUAUUGUAGCGAAGCAGGGGGAGGCGUGUCAACAAUCAAAGACUUGGAUGUACGGGAACAUCUUGGAGAACACAUGGAAUGGAACCGGAUUGAUCACGUAGCGCCAAGGACCCGAAGCGAGAGGGGGAGAGCAGCUCCCUGUGGUGCUGAGGUUCUGCUGCGCCUCCUGAAUGCCCAUAAUCCGGAGGGGAACCGAGUCAAGGUUCGGACACACCUCGGCGGAUGUCGCUGGCCAAAAUGCAAGGUCUCAGCUCCAAGGCGCACGCUUUUUCCGUCGAAGCUUUGGUGGGGAGACCCUACAAAAGGAUGAAAAUGUCAGAGGAACGUGACUCAAAUUCGCGCGGAGAAACUGACAGCGACGCGAGCAUCUUUGCUGGGUCUGCAGAGUGUCCGCUAACACAGACGAAGAAAGUGGAUUUACAGCUCACAGAGGCCGAAGGGGCCGGAUUACCCAGCGAGCCCAAAGAAAGCGAGUGCAGUCCGGAUCGGGAGGUCCGGGUCGAGCUGCAGGGCUCAGAACUCUGGAAGAGAUUCUUUGAGAUCGGCACUGAAAUGAUCAUCACCAAAGCUGGAAGGAGAAUGUUCCCAUCCGUUCGUGUCAAAGUGCGGAAUCUGGAGCCGUGCCAGCAGUAUUACAUCGCAAUGGACGUCAUGCCCGUGGACUCUAAACGUUAUAGGUAUGUUUACCACAGCUCGCAGUGGAUGGUGGCGGGCAACACGGACCAUUCGUGCAUCUCCCCGCGGCUCUAUGUCCACUCAGACUCGCCGUGCGCGGGAGAGACGUGGAUGCGUCAGGUGAUCAGCUUCGACCGGGUUAAACUCACCAACAACGAGAUGGACGACAAGGGCCAUAUAAUUCUCCAGUCCAUGCAUAAAUACAAGCCACGCGUGCACAUCAUCCAGCACGACCCGAGGAUGGACUUGUCCCAGAUCCAGUCGCUGCCAGCUGAGGGAGUGUUGAGCUUCUCCUUCCCAGAAACCGAGUUCACCACCGUCACAGCCUAUCAGAAUCAACAGAUCACAAAACUGAAGAUUGACAGGAACCCGUUUGCCAAGGGCUUCAGGGAUCCAGGAAGGAACAGGGGAGUGUUGGAUGGUUUACUGGAGUCUUACCCUUGGCGAACGCCUUUCAGCUUGGACUUCAAGCCAUUUGCCAUCCACCUUCAAGGCAGCCUGGGGUCCCCAACCAGCGCCGCUUCCCCGCUUAAGAGUCUCCUUCCCCUCUCAUCAGCAUCAUCCCUCCUUUCAUUAUCAACGCUCUCCUACCAGGACGCCGCUCUUCAAACUCUAGCGCUGCCUUUCUACGGAAAAGCGUCGACCAACCCCGUACUGCCCAGCGGAGCCUUUUCCUCCGUGGGAGCAGACAGACUCAGAGGCCUGUCAGUAUCCCCACUAACAGACCCCCCGCUCUUCUCUAUACUGCAGGGAAAGAAACGGGAUCUCGGUCUUUCUCGAUCGAGCCCUCCCUGCCUGAUCCCCUUCCCCAGCCCGCUCAGCCCUCAAGGAUCCACUUCCUCUUUACUGCCUCAUCUUUCAGAAAGUGCUGGCCCAUAUUGUCUUUACCGCUAUAGCUUCCCCUUGACCCCUCAACUCACAACUGUUCCCCGACACAGCAAACUGGCUGAAGACAGCACAGAGGCCCUUCUGCGGCAACCUUCGUGGCAUCUGGCCACCAACCGCCCUCUCUGACCGUCUCCGGCCAAAAUGACAGUAAUGAGCCAAAGCAAAGGGUGCUGCUGCUUUCUGGGAAACACCCAUCGGAGGCAGUCAAGAGAGAGCUGUCACCGGAGGGAUUGUUUGUAUUUAAAAACUAUUUUGAGCACUGUGUCCCUGGCGCAAAUUACCAAAGGGGGGAAAAAACAAAAAUCUGAUCCGAAAGAAUUCCCUCCUGACUGUAGUCGCUCAAAACCAAAACCUUCCAUUCGGCCAAUGUAAAUGUGUAACCAAAGGAUGCAUCUGAAUGUUAAACUAACUGAUAAAAUACUGCAUAUAAAAUUAUACCACCAUUUAAAAAUAUCAUUUUUAAGGGAAUUCACUUUUACAAUAAUUCUGUGGGAUUAGAGAUUGGAGCACACAAUUUAUGUUGCGUUAGGUCUGGCAGCUGGUUUCAACUCAUUUCCAGGUGCCUAAUCCAAAACUGAUGUCAGUUUUUCUCGAACACGUCAGGUUUUUGAACUUGAGGUCUACGUUUUCUAAAAGUAUGAGAAAUUAUUCAUUUAUUAUUAUUAUUAAAUGCAUGUGUUUGUUUUAUACAACUUUUUAAAUGUUGGCAUACAAUGAAAUGUGAAAGAAACAUGCGUGACUGUCCUGUUUAUUUAACAUUACAGUUUUUUACAAAGGAUAUGGCACAAAUCCUCUUAAUUCCUUCCUUUGCAGAUGUUGAUAGUACUGACCUACUGACAACUGCACCCACCUCUCACCACACUGUUCCAAUUGUGACCUCACAAACAAGUUGCCAUGUAGCUGAAGUUGAGUCCAACGCCAAUCAGAUGGCAAAUCAUUUUUACAGCUAGUCAGUGGAAUUGUGCUGUGGAAAAAAUACAAAACUUGACGUGCGAGAAAAAAAACUGACUGCAAUUUUGGAAUGAGCUUGGCAAAUUUAAUUUCAAAUCAGCAUACGUAAACAUGUAAUUUUUUUUUCAAAUUAUUCUCCAGUGUUGUGUUACAACUCUAUGAAAACAAAUUCUCAUAGGAAAGUGGACUGAACAGGGUUUUGCUGAAAAAUAGCCCAAAGAGAACAUGAUCCUUUACUACAAAUACCAGCACUAAUCAUUAAAGUAAAAAAAAUCAUGUUAUUCACAUGUUCUUCUUUUAGAAGACUUUUUAUGCAAGGACUGGAAAACGGCUUCUGUAAAUUAGCUGUGCUGUCAUUGUAAUUAUUCCUACGGGAUUUCCAUUAUUGUGAGUAAAUAAAUACUUCCAUCUGACACUUUUAAAGACUUUGGGAACAAGAUAUGAAGACUACUCCGAGCUGGUCAGAAGUGACAAUUCCCUGAUUGAACUCAAGACUCACACCCCUCCUUCUAGGAAUCUCGAUUUGGGUAAAAGCAGGGGAAAUGACCUGUUUCCCGGCAAACGCUCAUAGCCAAACAGCAAUUACCUUGUCAUGGCCGAGCAUGACAGUGAGCUAAUGCGCGCUGGACGUGGAAAUAGCAGGAAGAAGUUAAUUGAAGAACCCGUGCAGGGGAUUGCCUGCGUUUGAGUGAGCGGUCAGGUGCGUUGCUAUCAAACAGCCUGGCCUUUGUUUGCAGACACGUGUAAUCUGGGCUGCUAUUCGAUACCGACUGUCAUUUCCAUGUUUGCCUCCGCGAGACAAUCAGUUUUAACUCCUGACUAAUUCCUGAUUUUUCAAUUAAACAAAUUGCUUUCAUACCAGGACAGCUGAACUUUGCACCUGCCUCCAA